UCUCAGUACGUUUUAGAAAUUGCUCGCUAGUAGUGGUUGUUUGUUGGUCUUGCAUAUCGCAAUUUAACUGAACUAACAGGUUGAUUUGCAUAAUUUAAAAUUAUCACGAUGAUGAGUGCUGAUCAAUACAAUUGUCAACUGUCUGAUCAGUUUCGAACACUGGCUAAAGACGAGCUUAGGGAAGAUGACAACGUGCGACAUCAGGCUAUGAAUCAGCUGAAGGAAUGGAUCGAGAAGAACCCCCACAUCAAAAAGUGCCGAACAGAUGCCACUUUCUUGCUCAAAUUUCUGCGAUAUAGAAAGUUUGUUGUUCAUCAGGCGGGAGAAGCGAUAGAACGGUACCUGGUCGCUCGUCAGAAAUUUCCCCAGUGGUUCCACAAGUUAGAUCCACAAGACCCAUCAAUGCAGGCAAUCCUAUCAGACGCCCCACUGACGGCGCUCGGGCGAGAUGAAAACGGCAGAACUAUCAUACUGAUCCGUAUAAGUCGGUACGAUACCGAGGUCAACACGAGCUCGACUAUUUUGCGGUUUAUUAUGAUGAUGCUGGAGAUAAUGAGCGAAGAGGAAGAAUUCCAAAUCGGCGGUGUGCGCGUUUGGGAGGAUCAUACUGACAUGACAAUGAAGUUUUUGGGAAUUUUCAACAUAGCUGAUUUUAACCCGAUGAUGGCCAUGCUGACCAAAACGAUGCCGUUGAGAAUUCGGGAGAUUCAUGGAGUCAACUUGCCUAAAUUUGCGGUCACUCUUGCGAAUUUGGCACUUUCAUUUGUCAGCUCAAAAGUACGAGAUCGAAUUCUGUGUCACGCAUCGGUUUUGGAAGCAAAGCGGCAUCUGCAGGAGUCGCUUUGGCCCCAAGAAUACGGUGGUCCAAUUGAUGUGGAUGCAUGUAAUCGCCUGAUGAUGAAGCAUUUGGAGGAGAAGCGUGAAUUCCUCCUAAGUUUGGAUGAGAUGGAAAUUGACCUGGAGCAUUACUCUGACCUAUGUAGUAAUUAUUCCACAGGUUCCAGCGGAGAAAUCGAUACCGGAAUGAUUGGCACGUUUCGAAAACUUAAUGUGGACUGAAAGAAUACUGCUUAAUCAAUUAUAAUUGUAUUAUUAACCCAGUGUAGACUGAACAUGAUAAACAUAACUUUAUAAUCU